CCGCUGUAGGAGUUACACUGACAGAUUUCUGACGGGUGGUUUCAUUGCUCAGUGUUUUUUCAUGGGAGUUAACGGGGAUCGGCUUGUAUAAAACACCUCUCACACACGCACACACACACACAGAGACAGACAUCUGACGAGACAAGCAUGAGUGAGAAGUUGAUGAACGGAAUCUCUGCCAGCCGAGAUCAGGCAGGUGUGAUGAAAUUGGAUUUGCAAUGUGCGAAGAACAACACCGAUCAUCACACCAAUGAAAUCACGGUGGAGCGUCUGAUCAUCCGCAGAGGACAAGCCUUCAGUCUGAUCCUGAGCGCCGCCCGAUUAGAUCAGAACGACAUCGAGAUCACUGUCGAGACGGGUCCCGGUGCGUGUGAAGAGAAGGGCACACGUUCAUCCUGUAGCACGAACCCGCAGAACGGCAUCGGCGCUGCCAAACGCUGGAGUGUGAAGGUGUUGAGCGGCUCGUCGUCCUCCGUCACCCUGUCCGUCCUGUGUCCAUCAGACGCCUGCGUCGGCCUCUACUCUCUGAACGUGAGAAGCGGCUCGUGCGCGUGUGUAAGUGCCGUAACGGUGCUCUUCAACCCCUGGUGCAAAGAUGACUGGGUGUUUCUGCCGGAUGAAGCGGAGCGGCAGGAGUACGUCAUGAACGAGCAGGGAAUCGUGUAUAAAGGAGUGGAUGAAUACAUCACCAAUAUUAGCUGGGACUUUGGUCAGUUUGAGGACGAUAUCUUGAACAUCUGUCUGAAGCUGCUGGAUUUGAACCCGAAGUGUUUGAAAGAUGCGUUGGAGGAUUAUUCGGCGCGCUGCAACCCCAUCUACGUCAGCCGAGUGGUCAGCGCCAUGAUCAACUCAGAUGACGAUAAGGGAGUGCUGAUGGGUAAGUGGGACGGGUCGUUCAUCGGAGGCGUGGUUCCGUCCAACUGGAGCAGCAGCGUGGACAUUCUGAGACGCUGGUUCAAAUACGACUGCUAUCCUGUCAAAUUCGGACAGUGCUGGGUGUUUGCAGCGGUCAUGUGCACCGUGAUGAGAUGUCUGGGAAUCCCGUGUCGCGUCGUCACUAACUUUGAGUCGGCUCACGACACGGAUCAGAACCUCGUCGUGGACGAAUACUUCACCGACUACGGCGUGAGACCCAAACUGAACAAGGACAGUGUUUGGAAUUACCACGUUUGGGUGGAGGGCUGGAUGAGGCGUCCUGAUCUCUCUCAGGACUCGUUCUACGACGGCUGGCAGGUUCUGGAUCCGACGCCGCAGGAGAGGAGCUCAGGUACAUACUGCUGCGGUCCAGCGCCGGUCAAGGCCGUCCGGGAGGGUCACACCGACGUCAAAUACGACGUGCCCUUUGUGUACGGAGAGGUCAACGCAGACAAAGUCACGUGGCUGGUCAUGGCCAACGGCUCCAAGAAGAACAUCCUUUCAGACACAAACGCUGUAGGCCAGAAUAUCAGCACCAAAGCUGUGGGCAGCAACAACAGACAGGACAUCACUGAGCAGUACAAACACAAGGAGGGCUCUGCGAAUGAGAGAGCGUCGUAUAACGAGGCCGUGAAGCGCGUGACGGACCUGAAGGCCAGCGAGACGCCCCGUCCAAACGUGCAGAUGAAGGUGAGUCUGGAAGGAGCGCCGCUGAACGGAGCCGGCAUCAGACUCAAGCUGCUGCUGAAGAGCGACAACACCAAAGCGCAGGAUCUGACGCUGAAGAUGAGCGCUCAGGUCAUGAGAUACACGGGAAACCCGGCGGCCGACGUCUGGAAUCACACCGCCGACGUGCAGCUGCAACCCAAAACAGAGCAAACGCUUCCCUUCGCGGUGCCGUUUGCCGCCUACGGACCGAACCUGCUGGACAACAACUGCAUCAAAGUGUCUGUGAUCGCCACGGAUAAGAGCGACUCAAAGGAAGUCUAUCUGGCGGAGAAAGACGUGGUUCCUCACAGUCCGACGCUGAAAGUCACCGUGAGCGGGACUCCUCUGCAGGACAGUGAGAUGACGGCUGAGGUGGUGUUUGAGAAUCCUCUGACCACACCGCUCAAGAACUGCUCCAUGACGCUCACCGGCAGCGGCCUGCUCAAACAAACAGAGCAAUCCAACACCGUGGAGCUCGGCCCGGGACAGAGGAUCACGCUGAAGGUGACGUUCAAGCCCUACAAAAUGGGACCAAGGAAGCUGGUGGCCAACUUUGACAGCUGCACCUUCAGAGACAUUAAAUCUAGUGUGGACAUCAACGUGCGACCCUUCACCUCACGCCUGGGAUUCCUCAGCUUCAGCAGAUAG